AUGCAAUUCAAGGAAAAUUUGAGAGCAUUCAACAUUUCAAGGCAAUUAGAACAUGUUGUUAUCAGCCAUUAUUUGUGUAGUGCAUUUCUUCGUGUUCAGAUUGUUGAUGCCGAAUGGACCAUUCUCUAUGAUAAGCUGAAAAAAAUUCAUGAAAGUGGUGCGAAAAUUGUUUUAUCGAGACUACCGAUUGGUGAUGUGGCUACGCAGUGGUUCGCAGACCGUGAUCUGUUCUGUGCGGGUCGAGUGGAGCAAGGAGAUUUGGAGCGUGUAAUGGCUGCAUGCGGUGGUUCAAUUCUUACGACUGUCAGUCAGAUCGAUGAGAAGGUGUUGGGAUUGUGUGGUGAAUUCUAUGAACAACAAGUUGGAAGUGAAAGGUACAAUUUCUUCGUGGACGGUUCACGUGCGAACUCGUGCACAUUG